AUGUCGCGAUACCCAGGGCUGCAGAUGGAUGCAAUUCAAGACAACUCGGCGGCCGGGCCGUCUAGUGAGGUCUGCCAAACUCCUGAGCCCGUUGAGGCGUCUGCGCCCACAAAGAUCGAACAUCGCGGCCCAUCUGAAAUUCUCUCGAACCCUCUGAUCGAUGACUUGAAGGAAGGACACACUCGCCGUGGUGUCUUGAUCCCCCUCAAAACAACUCAGGAGGUUCGGCAGGAUCACACAAUCACUCAUGCGUACAUCACGCGGGCACCUACCAAACAAGCCAACGAUGUCAUCACGGCCUUGCGUAACAUGCGACCAGAUGAUAACAGCGCUAACCCCCUGCCUCAUCUGCGCAGAUGCUCCAAACCCGGUGAUCUUCCAGCCCACCUGAAGACUCAGUUCAUGAAUGACAGUUCAGUUGGUCGACAAAUUCAUACAGCCAAAUCAACAUGGAUUUACAUCAUAAUUGGAGAAGUUAAAGAUUUUACCCGAGAGGAACUAGUGGAGGUUCUUUCCAUUGUUGAAGGCGCGGAGACCGACCUCUUCAUCGAGAAGAUCCCCAUUCCACUACUUGCACCAACAUCUCAAAUACAAGCGGCUAUGUGGUCUGCUCAAUUUUGGCCAACAGUAUAUCGGAAGAACAACCCUUUGGGUCCACACCCUAGUAUAGUAGCCCGGGGAACUGAAGAUAUCAAGGACGACGCCUCCGUAUGGAUGGCGCUAGCCCAUCGUGUUGCUUUACAAGCUAAAGAAACCGGGAUCGGCGAAGCUGUCGGAGCUGUGAUUGUCCAGAGGGAGGGAGGAAAAGUCGAACUUGUCGGGGUUGCUGGAGAUGCUCGCUGGCAUCAGGAGUGCGGCCUGCUGGAGGGUACCAGCAACCCCAUGACGCACUGUGUUGUUCGUGCUAUAAGCAUGGUCGCCCAGAAACUUGUUCGACACGAGAGACGAGCCGCCGGCCUGCCUUUCAUGGCACCCAAUCUCGAAUAUGACGCAUUCCAAGACGGUCCUUUGCUCGAGAUAGAGAAGCAAUGCUUCGAACAAGAGCAUCCGAACAAAGAUGGUUAUCUCUGCCACGGGCUCGAGCUCUAUGUUACCCAUGAGCCUUGUGUGUCCUGCUCUAUGGGCAUCCUUCACUCUCGAAUGGGAAAGGCUGUUUUUGCUACACACAUGCCUCGCAGCGGAGGAUUGAGCUCAGACGAUCGUCCGGAUGGAGGUGGACGAGGACUGGGGCUCUUCUGGAGACGAGAGCUCAACUGGAGCUUGAUGGCCUGGGAAUGGGAACGUGAUGGCGUACCCAACUUGCCUCCUCUUGACCCCAUCACUCAUGUUUAG